GAAGGGAAAGAGAGCUUCGCAAGGGGACACGUUCUCAAGGCCUGGUCUCCCUCAUGUGGAGGCGGCAGUGACGGCAGCGACCCUUGGAGAAGUACAGGAAUUCCGCGAAUUCCACGAAGGUGCCGCGGACUGGCUUGGGCUCCACCAGGAUUGCCAGGAGGGCCUGGAGAGCCAACUGCCCCAGACCCAACCCGAGAUGACGCGCAUGCUCGAGUGCGCGGGUGUGGCUUGGGGCCCCGUCGCUGGAGAGGACUACUUCGAAACCAUCUCCCUGCUGCGUGCAGUCACGAGCGCCACCAGCUUCACAAACUUCGUGGUGGUGGAGGUGGGCUCCGGGAUAGGCUACUGGGCACCGAAAGAGUCUCUGGUGCCCACAGCGUCGGCAGCCGCUAAUCUCCAGCGCAAUGGUAUAUAUGAGCUUUGCAAUGUCACUUUCUACCAGUCAGCUGCAACUGCCCAACUACUGGACAGCCUCAUCCAGUCUUUUGGGGCCGUGGACCUUGUGCAUGUGGACAUCCAGGAGACCCAUCCUUCACUCACCACUGCCCCCCUGGCCUUUCUGAAGGAAGGUGCAACACCUCUUCAUUGGUACACACGGGCGGCUCAUACACCGGGAGGUGCGGACCUGGCUCGUGGCACACGGCUUCUCCCUGGACUUCGACUACGUGGGCAAAAGCUUCCUGCCGACAGCCUAUGGCCCGGUCGUCUUCGGCGACGGGGUCCUUGCCGCAAGAAAGAAGGCUUUGGACUGGUGAUGGCCGGUUCCGCAGUCUCCUGGCUCAGCACAAGCGCGGCGGACAUUUACACCUCAUAUCUAAACAGUCAAAUCUGA